AGCCUUGUUGGAAACAGUGUCAUCAAAGAGUGGAAAUCUCGGACCUCCUGAAACUGAUUUGUUUCCCAAAUCUGUAACUUCUCCUUAGAGAAGACGUUGAACUGUGGAGAUGGUAAAACGAAACACUUUGGGAAAGAUAUUCGACGAACGAUCCGCUCGAGUCUCGGACCUAGAAGUCAACCGAGUCUCGGACCUCGAAGUGAACGAAGACACAAAAUCCGAAGUUAGCAUGGACGAGAUGACCGACGACAUGAAUAACACAUCAAUCGGUGGACUUGAGAUUCCCGGUCUCGACGCCUGGGAACCUCAAGUUCGGCCUGAAAGUAUGUCUGAUGAAAGCGCCGGUGUGGUAUCGGCUCGGGCAGACCGCACUGUCGGCGCCCUCAAGACGAAAGAAGUCAUCUGGAACAUGAUUAGCAACAAGGCCUUGAGUCAAGCGGAAACCACGAACAUGCUCUCCAGCCUCGCCAAAGCCGAUACUGCCGUUCGCAAGACCUUCGCAACAGGACUAGGGCCACUGGAUAAAGUAUAUCCGAGUGUCCCGGUGCUCGCGGUUCGAUUGACGUUCCUUCCUGGAGCUGAUAAGCCACAGGUCAACCGCCUGGAACAGGUAGGCAUGGUGGCAGGAGAACCGGAUCAGCGCACACCGUUGUGGCGCGUCAUGACCGCUGGCAGCCUGCUUCAGGACUUUGAAAUCAAGCAAGAUCUGUCCAUUGUCUUCAAGGAUCGGGUCUCACAGUAUGCCGGCGAGGCCAGGUCUCGACUCCAAUCGAACCGUUCCCCAUAUGGGCUCGGAUCUACCAUGACCGGCGUGGUAGAGAUUGAAGGCAAGACUUACGAGGCCGUGACGAUUGAUUCGGACCACGUCAAGAUUGUGAACAAUCUUCGCGCUCAAAGGUACCCAUGCGACAUGGAGGCGACCCUGAUCGAGGUCGAUGGGACGUCCUUGAUGGCGUUGAUGACCAAUUAUCGGCACUUGAUCAACAAGGGGGGCCCGGAGAUGGAUUUCGAAGAAUCGGAAAAGCUGCUCGACGGCAUGAUUGAGGACGCGAGACGAGUGAUUUAUAGGAGUCCGAUCCUAUUCCGAGCCUCGACGCGGCAGCAGAUCAUUGCGUCGAGGAACACUCGCUAUGGAGUCAAUCACGAUCAGGUCUUCCAAACGCUGACAACGAGCGAGGGGAUCCGUGAGAUAUUGUCUCUCAGCGCAUCAUACUACAACUCGUUGGAUCCGGAAGACACCAAUACACGGGUGCAGAAAUUCAUCCGGCCUCGAUUCCUGCAAAUGAUCGUGUUGUUGAUCUCCUUGUUGAACGAGACCGACACUCAAAAGAUCGCUCGGUUUUUGGAACAGACUUACAAGCUCAAGGCGGACCGACCCAGUCUGGAACUCCUAGUCCUGAAGGUUAUGCCUCUGAUAUCGAUAAAUUCCCAGGUCUUCCUGACGGCGAUCGUCCCUGCAGUUGAGGGGUUCCCACUCACCGACACCAGACCGGAAUACCAGAGUUGGUAUUGGGAUUUCUUUGUGAAGCAGAUGCUGAAGCGAGGCUACUUCUUGCCGGGCACCGUCGCCACCCUUGGCCGCCAACAGUCGUCAUGGCUCGUGAAAUGGCCCAAGGGGGGGUUCAAUACGUCCCUCGUGUUCAAUAAUCUCCAGUUCAGCGGUGAUUUGCGGACCGGGAACGAUAUUCCCGCCCUCGAGCUUCAUCCCGAGCAAGGACAAUCGGAGCUUACUGUGAUCAUGACAAACGGCGACACGUACAUCGUUGCCGCGUCCGACGUCGAGAGGAUCACCUCCCUACAAACCGGACAAUAUCCGCUUCGGGAGCCAGGAGACAACGGUCGCACCAUGACCAUGGAAGUACGAGACGAGUCACUCAACGAGGAGGAGUUCGAAGCACUGUAUAUUGCCAACGUCCUCGUUGAAAAUUUCAACCGACAUAUUGUCUCUGUCCGCCGUAGUACCUCCUCGAGGCUCACCAACCUGGUGAGAUACAGAGGCGUGGGCCGCGCGCCCAAAGACACAUCCGGCCUGCAGGCUUUGGCCACCACGGGACGAUUGACACGGCAUACUGCGACGCUGAACGGGAUAAAGCUUGCCGUCGCCUACAAGCUGAAUGGACGCAAGAUAAAUAAACACCAGGUUUCAAGACUCAUGCAACGAAAGAACUCGGAGAUACUCGGGAUUAGGAACUACUAUUCCGUGCGCGUUGAAAAACGAAUCAUCUCUCUGGAAAGGCAGUAUGAAGACGACUUCUGGCGAGCGGUGCGGAAUAUCCAAGGCUUCCUGACCCAGGCAGAAUCCAAAAGAAAGGAUGUCGAAGAUUCUGACUUACUGUCCGACGAGCCCAUCUCCCAAGUCAUCUACCCAGGCGCCAACGGCAAAGUCGCAUCGAACGUCUGGUUCGAAUACGAAGUCGAGCCGUACGUCAACGGGCCGCUGAAGAUGCAUGCGCGACGGUCCCAGGUGAUCAGCUGCGCGUGGCUGGCGCACAAUGUCAUCGAAGUCGGGCUGCAAAACGAUCCGAACCGGUACUUCGUCAGUCCGCUCAAAUUCGUGGAGGAGGGGGAUCGGAACGAUGAGAUUCAGGUGGAGGACCAUGCCAUCCUCGCGGGUCAGUACAUGAUCAUUGCGGAGGGCAACGAUAAUCUGAGGGUGAUUGGGAACUUGAUCAUGACCAAUUGCCUUCGGAUCAUUAGUGUUGAGGAGGUCAAUCGGACGAGAAGGGGGGCGAAUCGUCAGGGUCGAGGAGCAAACCGUGCAGCUACAGGAGAGAGUCUGACCGCAUGUGUCUUUGUUUGAUGGAAUGUUGGAGAUAUCCUCUGCGCCCUGCGGUCUUCAUAUGUUGUCGUUCUAGGUGUUUAGGUCUGGUGUCGGCAUAUUCCUUCAUUCUGGAUCAAAGAUAGUUCUCUGUGGUCUUCAUAUGUUGUCGUUCCGGGAGAAUGAUUAGGUAUAUUCCUUCAUUGUAGAUGAAAGACUGGCGUCUGGUUCUUCAAGCCGUCGACCACCUGGAAGCGUUGAUAUGUUUCCUAGUGUCAAUUGUCAAUCAGUUCGGCCUCGAUCAGGACUAAGACGAAACAAGAUUGUACAUAGUAUACCGGAGCAUCGUGAUAAUUACCCAGUGAUCGUCACCAUUGCCCAAAUAGGCAAGCUAUAUU